AUGUCAGCUGCAGAGCAACAACAUAAACGACACCAUAGAACGAUAGAUGAGAUGGUUCACGGCCAGGAUCAACCGAAUGACGCCGAGUCGGUUUCCUCGUCUCGUUCAUCCUCCUCAUCCGACGAGCCCGCCGCGCAGACAACGACGGACGACACAUGCUAUGCUCACAAUGAAUCCACCAAGGCGAACUCGAACCGUUGCACGCCGUAUCGAAUCGUGCUCAACUGUCGAUCUUCCGAUCCGAUCGCAGACUUGCAUACUCUGGAUCCGGAUGAACUGCCCUCACACUGGGUGCCUACAGUAGUAUCCCAGGUCACACGCGCUACAUCUACCGCCGUUGGACAGCUCAGCUCGCCGCGUCAAAGCGCGUCUUCUCGCCACGACCACCAAUCAGGAGAGGAGCAGCAAUCACUCAACAAGCAGCAGAGUCACAUGUUGGAUCACCUCACAUUCCGCAAUCCUUGGGAACAGAGCUUUCGCAAAACUGGUAUCAAAGGGAUCCUGAACGGUGGGCUCAAGUGGGGUCUACCUGAUAGUUACGAGGAAGGUUCCGGGAGGGGAAGUAAGAGGUCGAGUGGAUUCAAGUCCAACAAGAAGAUUCAGAGGCAGCGGCUAACGGCUAGAAAGGAGGAUCAGGACUUAGGCGAGGAGUGGGAUCACGUCGAGGUGGUCAAGCCAGAGUGGGGAUGGCCAUCGAGGCACUUGGAGAAUCAAGUGGAUCAGCUGCGAGAGCAAGAGAAGGCGGAACAUCCUGCAGCGCAACAACAGACUAAGCACAAGAUGGAAAAGAGAGCUGGAACGGAAGCGGACUACGCAGCGCAGGAAAAACCUUGGAGGGAUUGGCAAGAUCCAACGAAUCCGGAUCGCACAGCAGCCAGAGUCACUUGGCUAGGUCAUGCAACCACACUUGUUCAGCUUCCACCACUCUCAACAUCCGCCGCCGACGGCGAGAGGCAAGACGUCUCUUCUCGAUCCAUCAACAUCCUCUUCGACCCGAUCUUCUCGGAACGCUGUUCUCCCUCGCAAUCCGCCGGCCCACAACGCUUCACUCCGGCACCCUGCUCGGUGAAAGACCUCCCACCGAUUGAUUUCGUCGUCAUCUCUCACUCGCACUACGACCACCUGGACUACCACACUUUUCAACAACUUCUCCACACGCGUGGAGACGCCGUCCAUGCGUUCGUGCCGCUAGGAGUCAAGGAAAAGUUGACGGGAAGUGGUGGGUUUGGUUGGAAAUCGGAGCAGGUGAGCGAAUUGGAUUGGUGGGAUUCGGCCACCUUGUCUCUCGGAGGAUCACAAGAGGGGCAAGUCAAGAUCUGGUGUACGCCAGCACAGCACGGAAGUGGGAGAGGCUCAGGUGACAAGGAUGCAAGUCUGUGGGCGAGUUGGGUUGUUGAAUGGAUUUCCCAACACCAAAGGUUCUGCGCCUUUUUCGCUGGUGAUACUGGGCUCAAGUAUCAUCAUGAUAAUCCGCACAAGCGAUCCAAAUACCCAGCCUGCCCGGCGUUCGCCGAGAUCGCUCGCAAAUUCCAGCCUUUCGACCUUCUCCUCUUGCCCAUCUCAGUAGGCUCGAGUCUAAGCUACUUCCGAUCAUGGGAUCCCUUCCCGAGAGCGUUCUCACCUUUUCCAAGGGUGAGCAGCACCUUGACGUCGAGCAUCCACAUGGACCCGCAUGAUGCGGUCGAAUGCCACGCCAUUUUCCAGAAAGAGGGAAACCCAAGAGCCAUGGUUAGCCUAGCAGUACACUAUGGGACGUUUGUCAGAAACGACGAGCAGACACGUGGCGAUGUGAGGGAGUUGAGAAAGGCGUGUAGGAUGCAUGGGUUGAAGUUCCAGAGGGUCAGGGACGAGACGUGUCUGCUAACAGGUGCACAGCGGGAGCAGAAUGAGGACGAGCAAGACGUGUUUCUGGUCGCGGAUCAAGGAAAGACUGUUUGGCUGCCUAUUCGGGCUUGCUCAUGA